GGUGUAGUUGCUCACUGCUCACCUGUACAUGUACCGUAACUUUCUGGAGUGAAGCACAGAGCCCACUCAACAAUGCAUCAAAUAAUACAAACCGCGUACAGCUGGUUUUGGUGGGAGAACAUCUGGAUGCCUGCCAACUGCACGUGGGCAGAUUUAGAAGAUCAUAAUGGAUACAUCUUUCCCAAACCACGACAAUUAUUUGCCACAAUCCCAUAUGCCUUUGUGAUGCUGGUUAUCAGGUUCUUUGUUGAAAGAUAUAUUGCUCUUCCUCUGGCUGACUACUUGGGCAUGAAGGAUACAAGGCGGAUCAAACCACUGGAUAAUCCCACCCUUGAAAAUUUUUUCCAAGAAUGCGCAAAAAAGCCAUCUCAGUCAGAAACACGUAGACUAGCUAAAAAGUGUAACUGGACCGUGCACCAGGUGGAAAAAUGGUUCAGGCGAAGACGCAACCUAGAAAUCCCAACUCUGCAUAAAAAAUUCAAGGAAGCUUGUUGGCGAUGUUUAUUCUACAGUACUUCAUUUAUUGCUGGAAUUAUAUUUCUCUGUGAUCCCAUGCUCCCCUCCCAGUAUUGGUACUACAUGCUCCAAAUGAGCUUCUAUUGGUCAUUGCUCUUUACUCUUGGAACUGACACUAAAAGGAAGGAUUUCAUGGCCCAUGUGGUGCAUCAUUUUGCCGCCCUUGGCUUGAUGUUCUGUUCCUAUAGUGCCAAUUAUCUCCGUCUUGGAACGCUGGUGAUGAUUGUCCAUGAUUCGGCAGAUAUCUGGCUGGAGGCUGCAAAGUUGUUCAACUAUGCUCACUGGGACAAUACCUGCAGUGUUCUGUUUGUCAUUUUCGCAGUGGUGUUCUUUAUCACACGGCUCAUUCUCUUUCCAUGUUGGAUUUUACGGGCCUCGAUAUAUUAUCCUGUGUUCUAUACCCAGACACUUGUCAUCGCAUAUUUUGUAUACAAUGGGCAGCUAUUGAUCCUGCAAGGUCUUCACCUCUAUUGGGCCUACUUAGUUUUCAAGAUUCUGAAGAAAUUCAUUUUUGUGAAGAAUGUUAAAGAUGAACGGAGUGAUGAUGAAGAAGAAGACUCCCUCAGCGAUACUGAAGAGGCAUGUAUGAAGAAUGGAAUGAAGAAUGGAUUAAAUGAUCCUCUCCUAAAUAAUAAUAAUAAUAACAAUAACAAUAAUAAUAAUAAUCAUCAUCAUCAUCAUAACAACAACAAUAGUAAUAUUAAUUAAUGCCCAGCCAAGACCAUCUCCUAGUGCCAUUACCUGCUGUGUCAUAAACCCAACACAUCAUAAAGACUUUUAUAUCCACAUCAAAACCAAAAUCCAUGACUGCUUUUUAUUGCAGAUCUACAGCAGUCUAUAGCAGUCUACUUAGCAGAACUCACUUUUGAAAAAGAGUCUCCUUUGUAAUAUGCAGGCUAGAAGAUAUGCAAUGAAAUUAUUAUUAUUUUGAACACUCCAAAUGGUUAAGAAUGGGAAUGAAUUUAGAAUAUAACAUUUUUAGACUGAGAUCUUCGUGUAUUUAAAUUUUGAUAAGACUUAAAAACAGUUUGGACAAGUUUUUAAUAAUGUUUUCAUAUAAUUUGAGAUGUGUGGCUUUAUACUGAUUUUAUUGAUGAGUGGGUUGGUUUUACACAAGGAAAAUCCAUGCAGUUUGGAAUCUGCUUCAGUAAAAGAUUAACCACAUUUGAUCAACAGGCUACUUAGUGGUGGAUUCCAGGUAAAGACAGGAAGGUUUUAUCGAUCCUGCUCUUUCUCAAUUCAUCUCUUAUCAGUGAAGCCCCGGAUGUAAUUAUCAGAGGUAAUUGCCGAGUCCAGAAGUGAAUUCUGGUUUUAGUGCAAUGGUUUUAGAAUAUAUAUUUUAAACUUCACUGAUUCUUGAGUGUACCUUCCAGUCAAUCUUGAGUUCUUGCAACUGCAUGGAUUUGAUAACAUUUCUGGAAAUUGAUGUCCUAAGCCACCAGGUGUCAUUGAGACUGAGCUGGGUGAUAGUAUAACUUUUCUUAAAUAAAAAAAUCUUCCCUUGAUUGAGACUGACUGCUCCUCCCCGCCCCACACGUCAUCCAUCUGGCAUACUGCCUAAGCCAAUACUAGAACUCAUGGUUUAGUAUUUUUAACCACUACACCAAAAUGGGGUUCCAAAUACACGGGACUAUUUAUAUAGAAAAUUAGCAAAGGGAUAUCUAGAUUAGGAUUAAAGCCACCUGCUUCAAUUGUAUUAAGGUCAACCUUGUUUUCUUUUUUUGAAUUCUUCCAACUCUGAUUUACUUUUUAUUUAUGCUUUGUCUUUCAUUAUAUAGUCUUGAUUUUCAUUCUUUGUGCUUUCUGGAUUGUU